CGCGCCGCUGUCAGUCACGGAGCGGGUGCCACUCAGGAUAGAUUAGGCACCAUUUGCUACAACUAAAUAGUUACAUUGUAUAUCAAGUAGGAAGAUUCUUUUUUUUUUCAAAUUGGCGCCUCACCGCUCUCCGCGGAGAGUAGUUGAUGAAACCUGUGAGCGCAACAAAGUGACAACGCGUUUUUGUGUUGGUUCCGCGUCGUCUCAGGAAACAGAUGUGGAUUCGCCGCUCGGGAGCUGCCCAGCUUAGGUGAAGGGGAGGGCAGAGCAUCCCAGUUCAGCCUGAGUGUGGACGACCUGGCUCCCAGAAACAGGACCAUGAUCUGAAGAGGGCGCCACACACACUGAAACCCAUUCUUCCUCUUCUCCUCCUCCUCCCUCUUUUUUUAUUUUAUUUUAUUUUAUGUUAUUUUAUUUCUUAAACAAACAAACCAAAAACUACACGGUGACAUCCUUCCUGCUGGGCCGCUCCAGCAAAGUCUACCCGAGAGACUUCAUCAACUACAUUUGACCUCUGACCCCCGCCACUCGCCGCCGCUGCUCCUCCCACCACCACACCGGCAUCAUGGGGAGGAAAAAGAUUCAGAUUCAGAGGAUCACGGAUGAACGCAACAAACAGGUCACGUUCACCAAGCGAAAGUUUGGCCUGAUGAAGAAGGCGUACGAGCUGAGCGUCCUGUGCGACUGCGAGAUUGCCCUCAUCAUCUUCAACCACACCAACAAGCUGUUCCAGUACGCCAGCACCGACAUGGACAAGGUCCUGCUCAAGUACACCGAGUACAACGAGCCGCACGAGAGCCGGACCAACGCCGACAUCAUCGAGGCUCUGAACAAGAAAGAGCACCGGGACUCUGAGAGCCCAGACCCCGAGGAGCCCUUCUCCCUCACCCCCCGCACUGAGGAGAAAUACAAAAAAAUUGACGAGGAGUUUGAUAAAAUGAUGCAGAACUAUAGGCUGUCAUCUACAGUCCCACAGCCGACCUUCUCCAUGCCAGUGACCGUGCCGGUGUCCAAUCAGAACGCAGCAGCAGCCCUCCAGUUCAGUAAUAACCCCGGCGGCGCCUUGGUCACCACCACGUCCUUCGUCACCUCCACCCUCACAGACCCUCGCCUCCUGUCACCACAGCAACCAGCUCUGCAGAGGAACCCUGUGUCGCCAGGGUUACCACAGCGACCUGCCAGCGCAGGUGCUCUGUUAGGAGAUCUGGGGAAUUCAAAUGGAGCGUGCCCAAGUCCAGUCCCUAAUGGCUACAUCAGUGCCAGAGCCUCCCCAGGCCUCCUCUCUGUAUCCAACGGCAACAGCCUGGGCAAAGUUGUCCCGGCGAAGUCUCCACCGCCGUCCAACCCACAGAUGGUUAACAGCCGCAAGCCGGACCUGAGGGUCAUCACCUCGCAGAGCAGCAAGAGCCUCAUGCAGCCGACAGAGGACGAGCUGGAGUUGGUGAGUGAGAAUGCUCAGCGGCUAGGGUUGUCCCAGGUGGCCCAGCCACUCACCACGCCAGUGGUCUCCGUGGCAACGCCCAGCCUCCUUGCGCCCUUCUCCGGCAUGCAGACGGCCUACAACACCGAGUACCAUCUGAUGAGUGCAGAUCUCACGGCGCUCCAGACGUUCACACCGCCGGGGCUGGUGCCUGGCAACAUGGCUGCCUGGCAACAGCAACAGCAACCGGCAGUCUCCCAGCAGCAGCAGCAGCAGCAGCAGCAUCAGCAGCAGCAGCAGCUGAACCUGGCGUCUCUCAGUAACUUGGUCAUGUGGGGUGCAGAGAAGCAGAAUGCAGACAUGGUUAACUGCAUCUCCAAUUUUGCUGCUAACCUGAGGCCGGUGGGGAACAUACCUCAGGGUGCUCUCACAGUCAACACCAACAACAUCAACAUCAAGUCCGAACCUGUUUCACCCAACCGCGACCGCAGCACUCCCAGCUCCACCUGCGGUAUCGGGGGAGUAGGAGGUGGAGGUGGUGGAGGAGGAGGAGGAGGAGGAGGGCAGGGUCAAGGUCUGGUGUCCAUCGCGUAUCCCGGCACCCUGCGCCUGGAGCCCGGAGGCCAAGGUCGCUCGCCCGUCGACAGCCUCAGUAGCAACGGCAGCUCGUAUGACGGCAGCGACCGGGACGACGGCACCCUGGGACGAGCCGGGGCCGCGGACUUCCACCAGGCCGGCGCCGGGGCCCAGCAGCCCACCAUGGUCCUCCUGCGACCCUCGUCGGCCGAGCCGCAGGAGCAGGACGGGACCAACGUCAAGAGAAUGAGACUGGACACCUGGGUGACAUAAAGGGACGCCGGCAGAGGGACGGAUGGAUGGAUGGACAGAUGGAGGACGUGUACUUACUUGUGGCUUGUGUACAUGCCCUUACCAGCCCCAGUGACCCUCGGUCUCACUUCCUGCACACACACGCGCACACACACACUGUCCACACAGUAAAUGCUGAGCUCACACACACACACACGCACACUUAUGUGUGGACAUGCAUGUGUAUGACAUACAUGUUUGAAUAAAUACACUUCAACUCCCCACACACACACACACACACACACACACUAACGGAAAAACCAAGGACAGUUUGUCACAUGAUCA